AAUGAACAAGCCCCACCAUAACGUUCACAUACUUCGCUUUCAUUUUAGAACAAGUUAUACGUAGGCUCACACAAACAAGAACAUUAGCAGCAUUAAGGCAACGCAAUGGCCAACAUAACAACUGUUUCCAAAUCUGGACAAAGUCAUCGUUCUUCAGAGUUGAGGAUUGUGUUGAUAGGUGGAAGAGAAUUAAAAGGAAGUAAAAGUUCAACUGGAAACUUUAUACUAGGUCAAAAUGUCUUCGACACCAGUAAAAGAACUGCUCAGAGUGUGGUGCAACAGAGGAAGGUGCACGGCAGACAAGUCACCAUCGUUGAUACUCCAGGAUGGUGGUGGAUGUACACAAAAGAAAACACCCCCAAACUAGAUCAGAUAGAAAUCCAGAACAGUGUUCAUCUGUGUCCUCCAGGACCUCAUGCUUUUCUUCUAGUCAUUCCUGUUGAUACACACUUGCCUCAGAUCAGUAAAAAAUCACUGAAAGAACACCUGGAACUUUUCAAGACAGAUGUGUUUAGUCACACCAUAGUACUGCUUUCUUCACUUGCUCCAUACAGUGAUGAAAAUGUGAAGUCCAAAAUCAAAAGAAGCCCAACACUUCAGUGGAUUCUUCAGCAAUGUGGAAACAGAAAACAUGUUGUUGAUAUCAGCAACAUGCAGGACGGCGCUCAAGUUCAACAGCUUUUUGAGAAAAUCGACUUAAUGGUUGCAAACAACGGAGGACGUCACUAUAAUGCUGAGAGUGUUGAUGGAAAUGCUCUGAGAGAAGAAAUGAAAGUUUUGGCUGAAAGAGCAACAAGAAGGUUUGAUGAAGUACAGAAACAAAGAAAGGAACUCAAAAAACUGGUUGAAGGUGGCAAAGUCCCACCGCAACAUUUAAGACUAGUAAUACUUGGUGCACAGUGGGCAGCCAAGAGCUCAGCAGGCAACACUAUUCUUGGAAGAGAUGCCUUCGAUGUUAAUGACUGCAACAAAAGAACAAUGCAUUGUGAAAUGAGCCACGGCAUGGUUGCAGAGAGGCGACUCACGGUGGUAGAUUCUCCUGGAUGGUUCUACAAUAACACUCUGCAGGACACCAGUCAGAUGGAUAAACUUGAAAUAGAGAAUAGCAUGUAUAUGUGCCCUCCAGGACCUCACGCAGUGCUCCUUGUGAUCGUCCUGGCAACUGCAAUCAAUGCAUCAUACCAGAGAACAGUCCAAGAACACAUGAGUCUGUUUACAGAUGAUAUCUGGAAACACACCAUUAUUCUGUUUACUAGAGGCGACUGGCUGGGAGGGAAGACUGUGGAGGAGCGAAUAGAGAGUGAGGAAGGUUUGCAGUGGUUAGUGAACAAGUGUGGGAACAGGUACCACGUCCUGAACAACAUGGACCGCAGUGAUAGGGGGCAAGUAAAGGAGCUCCUUGAGAAGAUUGAAGAGAUGUGGGCAGGAAAUGAGGCUCCUUAUUAUGAGGUCGACCCGGACCGUGCAACACAAAUCGAGGCUGAAAUAGAGACAGGAAAAAAAAAGGCCAAAACGAUGAGGAAGAUAACCGAACGACAGUCAAGAAUACUGACAGAGCUGUUCAAUGGAGAGAUGCAGCAAAUCUCUAACAUACGAGUUGUACUUGUUGGCCGGAAAGGGUCAGGGAAGAGUACAGCUGGGAAUUUAAUUCUCUUCAAUGAGAUGUUUGAUACAGAUUAUGACACAUCUUGGUUGAAGAAGGACCUCCAAGACCAGAAUGGAGCUGAAAAAAGUGUGAAAUGUCAGGGGAAUUUUGAUGGAGUGAAGGUCACAGUUGUUGAGACACCAGGAUGGUACAUAGACACAUCAGUACCUGAAUGGCUCAGAGCUGAAGUUCUCCGCAGUGUCUCCAUGUGUUCUCCAGGGCCUCAUGUUUUCCUCUUGGUUGUUCCCAUCUUAAAAGCAUUUACAGAGAAAGAUCACAAAGCACUAGUUGAGCUCUUGAUGCCAUUCACUGAGAGAGUCUGGAAACACUGCAUGGUGCUGUUCACCGGGGGAGAGUGGCUCAAUGAAGUCCCCAUAGAGGAGCACAUCACUAGGGAGGGAAAGACCCUCCAAGAGCUGGUUGAGAAGUGUGGGAACAGAUACCAUGUUUUCAACCAGAAUCAUUUUGGUGAUCCUGUUCCAGUCAAGGGGCUGUUACAGAAAAUCAUUGAUAUGAUAACACGAAACAAGGGAUGCUUCUCAACUGAAGGGAAACAGAGCACAUUUGCAGCAUUAUUCUGGCAAGCAAAACAACCCAUGAUGACAGAGGAGGAGUGGAACAGAAGGGAGCAGAUGCUAAUAGACCGAAUGUUGAAAGCCAUAGCAAAUGAAUCACAUGUAUCAUCCGUACCAUUUGAGACAAUGGCUCACAGCAUCGAUGACCAUUACAUUCCAGAUAUGAGUGGAGAUCUCACAUCGGAAUAUGGGAGCAUGUCACAGUUUAGGAAUAGACGAGCGCAUGGCAUCGUUGCUGAAUGGCUGAGAAAAACAGUAAUAAAGUCUCACACCACCUCUGGGAUCGGCAGCAGCAUUUGUUCCUCGGACACUUAUGUGGAACAGUUUGAUGAAAGUCUUCAGAUCAAUGACAAUAACAGACAAAGUCAUCGUUCUUCAGAGUUGAGGAUUGUGUUGAUAGGUGGAAGAGAAUUAAAAGGAAGUAAAAGUUCAACUGGAAACUUUAUACUAGGUCAAAAUGUCUUCGACACCAGUAAAAGAACUGCUCAGAGUGUGGUGCAACAGAGGAAGGUGCUCGGCAGACAAGUCACCAUCGUUGAUACUCCAGGAUGGUGGUGGGGAUUUCCACGGGAAAACACCCCCAAACUGGAUCAGAUAGAAAUCCAGAACAGUGUUCAUCUGUGUCCUCCAGGGCCUCAUGCUUUUCUUCUGGUCAUUUCUGUUGAUACACACUUGCCUCAGCUCAGUAAAAAAUCACUGAAAGAACACCUGAAACUUUUCAAGACAGAUGUGUUUAGUCACACCAUAGUACUGCUUUCUUCACUUGCUCCAUACAGUGAUGAAAAUGUGAAGUCCAAAAUCAAAAGAAACCCAACACUUCAGUGGAUUCUUCAGCAAUGUGGAAACAGAAAACAUGUUGUUGAUAUCAGCAACAUGCAGGACGAUGCUCAAGUUCAACAGCUUUUUGAGAAAAUCGACUUAAUGGUUGCAAACAACGGAGGACGUCACUAUAAUGCUGAGAGUGUUGAUGGAAAUGCUCUGAGAGAAGAAAUGAAAGUUUUGGCUGAAAGAGCAACAAAAAGGUUUGAUGAAGUGCAGAAACAAAGAAAGGAACUCAAAAAACUGAUUGAAGGUGGCAAAGUCCCACCGCAACAUUUAAGACUAGUAAUACUUGGUGCACAGUGGGCAGCCAAGAGCUCAGCAGGCAACACUAUUCUUGGAAGAGAUGCCUUCGAUGUUAAUGACUGCAACAAAAGAACAAUGCAUUGUGAAAUAAGCCACGGCAUGGUUGCAGAGAGGCGACUCACGGUGGUAGAUUCUCCUGGAUGGUUCUACAAUAACACUCUGCAGGACACCAGUCAGAUGGAUAAACUUGAAAUAGAGAAUAGCAUGUAUAUGUGCCCUCCAGGACCUCACGCAGUGCUCCUUGUGAUCGACCUGGCAACAGCAACCAAUGCAUCAUACCAGAGAACAGUCCAGGAACACAUGAGUCUGUUUACAGCUGAUAUCUGGAAACACACCAUUAUUCUGUUUACUAGAGGCGACUGGCUGGGAGGGAAGACUGUGGAGGAGCGAAUAGAGAGUGAGGAAGGUUUGCAGUUGUUAGUGAACAAGUGUGGGAACAGGUACCACGUCCUGAACAACAUGGACCGCAGUGAUAGGGGGCAAGUAAAGGAGCUCCUUGAGAAGAUUGAAGAGAUAUGGGCAGGAAACGAGGCUCCUUAUUAUGAGGUCGACCCGGACCGUGCAACACAAAUCGAGGCUGAAAUAGAGACAGGAAAAAAAAAGGCCAAAACGAUGAAGAAGAUAACCGAACGACAGUCAAGAAUACUGACAGAGCUGUUCAAUGGAGAGAUGCAGCAAAUCUCUAACAUACGAGUUGUACUUGUUGGCCAGAAAGGGUCAGGGAAGAGUACAGCUGGGAAUUUAAUUCUCUUCAAUGAGAUGUUUGAAACAGAUUUUUCGACAGCUUGGUUGAAGAAGGACCUCCAAGACCAGAACGGAGCUGAAAAAAGUGUGAAAUGUCAGGGGAAUUUUGAUGGAGUGAAGGUCACAGUCGUUGAGACACCCAGAUGGUACAUAGACACAUCAGUACCUGAAUGGCUCAGAGCUGAAGUUCUCCGCAGUGUCUCCAUGUGUUCUCCAGGGCCUCAUGUUUUCCUCUUGGUUGUUCCCAUCUUAAAAGCAUUUACAGAGAAAGAUCACAAAGCACUAGUUGAGCUCUUGAUGCCAUUCACUGAGAGAGUCUGGAAACACUGCAUGGUGCUGUUCACCUGGGGAGAGUGGCUCAAUGACGUCCCCAUAGAGGAGCACAUCACUAGGGAGGGAAAGACCCUCCAAGAGCUGGUUGAGAAGUGUGGGAACAGAUACCAUGUUCUCAACCAGAAUCACUUUGGUGAUCCUGUUCCAGUCAAGGGGCUGUUACAAAAAAUCAUUGAUAUGAUAACACGAAACAAGGGAUGCUUCUCAAUUGAAGGGAAGCAGAGGAAAUUCUCAGCAUUAUUCUGGCAAGCAAAACAACCCAUACUGACCGAGGAGGAGUGGAACAGAAGGGAGCAGAUGCUAAUAGACCGAAUGUUGAAAGCCAUAGCAAAUGAGCCAGAUGUAUCAUCCGUACCAUCUGAGACGAUGGCUCACAGCAUCGAUGACUAUUUCAUUCCAGAUAUGACUGGAGAGCUCACAUCAGAAUAUGGAAGCACAUUAGAGUUUAGGAAUAGACGAGCGCAUGGCAUUGUUGCUGAAUGGCUGAGAAGAACAGUAAGAAAGUCUCACACCACCUCUGGGAUUGGCAGCAGCAUUUGUUCCUCAGAUUUCUAUGUGGAACAGUUUGAUGAAAGUCUUCAGAUGGAUGACAAUUAGACAACAAGCUUUUCUUUUAAAGAAAUUGAUAAAGUUGAAGCAUAAAAAACUGUAUUAACAAAGUGCAGAAAUUACAGUCUUAUUAGGCAAAACAGAUGUGACACAGAAAUAAGGCAGCAGACAAUUUAACAUAAAAAAUAUUCUGACAAGAGUUCAGACCUAUGAGUAUUUCUGAUUCAUGAGAAUUAUCUCUGAUUUUUUAACAAACAUAAAUGCUGGACUGUUUAUGUCAUAUUUAAGGGAAAAGGACAACAGGUGUAAGAUCACAGCUGUAUAUAAAAAUGUUAAAUAAUUGUAAUCAUGUAAGUGUACAGAUUAUAUUUUUAACUGUUUGCUAUUUUAUGUAUGUUUUCUAAAAACUGUAGAGUUGAAUUACUGAGGCAAUAUUGAUCUGUCUGUAAUCCGCUAAACAAACAUUUGUUGGUUGAAAUUUUUCUUCUACAGGCUUGAUGAGCUACCUACAAAUAUUGUGUCCUAAUUUGUAAGAAUAUUUUUUUGUGUGUAUGUGUGUGUUAACCUUAUCACCAGUCUGUGGAAAAUAAUGAUAAUAAUAAUGCCGGGAUUGCUAUCCCUAUGUGGUAAUUCUCCAGCUAAAAAUAAUUCCAUCUUUUAAUGGAAUUGUGUUAAUGUGUGUCUCAGUGUUUGUUUUAAUUUGGACUUCACUUAGCUGCAUAUAGCACUAUAUGAAUAUAUGUAGAUAACGUAAUUAACUGAAGUACAGAUUUUUAGUAGUAUGUUUAUAUUUUAAGUGUUUCAAAUUAAAUUAUGAUUAAUUAUGAUUAAAAACCUUUGUUACUUGUUAAACAAUGGUAUACGUUUUCAAUA